UCUCUUGCGCUCUCUCUCUCUCUCUUUUGCUCUCUCUCACACUCACUCAAUAUUUAUCUGCACACACUAACACACUUGCAUAUACUCACUUUCUCUUAUUCCCGGUCAUUGCUUCUCUCGACAUCAACGUGAGCCUGUCCUCUCUAUCGCUCUCUCUCUCUCUCGCUCUCUCUCCCCUCUCCUCCUCUCCCUCUCCUCCUCUCCCUCUCUCGGCCCCCGACACCCUCUCUGGGCUUACGGCAGGGCAGAUAUGAAUGAUAGUCAUAGCGGUGGCGUUAGCGGUGGAAGCGGCUGCUCUCUAAUACUCUGCGCGACGACAGCAGCAGCCCGGUAAUCCUCCCCCUCCGCUCUCUCCUCCCCCUCUCCCCUCCAUGGGGCGGAGUGUGUUUGUGGACCCCCCCGCCUUCACCCUUCCGCCUCCUGAGCUGCACGCGCUCAGUGAGCACCUGAGAGGAGAGGAGCUGCUGGUGACUAAACCAGAGCACACACAGAUCACAGCCAGGGGGCCCCUGACGCAGCUCCACCACUAGCCCCAGCUCCCCUGAUGCAGCUUCACCACUAGCCCCAGCUCCCCUGACGCAGCUGCACUGCUAGCCCUAGCUAUCCUCAACAGGACCUGAUACAGAACAGGACAGGAGGAUGAGGAGGGAAGAGAAGGAUGAGGAACAGACUCCAGCUGUCACGCUGCUGACAGAGAUGGGAUAGGGAUCUGUAUAGACAGAGGAUUAAGGAACGGGGAUAGCGAGAUAGAGGACCACUCUGAAGCAGCACAACGCUCUGAAUAAACUUCCACUUUUCCAUCCUCUGAUUGCGCUGCUGAAGUGGGCUGGCUCUGCGGACUUUAGACUUUAGACUUUAGACUUUCAUGUCCUUUCGCCUGGUUAAUAUCUUAGACAUGGAAUCACCAACCAAGGAGAUAGAGGAUUUUGAGAGUAACUCUCUGAAGUUUCUGCAGCCAGACCAGAUUGAGAAGAUAUGGCUGAGGCUGAGAGGACUAAGGAAAUACAAGAAGACGUCACAAAGGUUGCGAUGCUUGGUGAAACAGUUGGAACGAGGAGAGGCGUCCGUCGUCGACCUCAAGAAGAACUUGGAGUAUGCAGCCUCAGUCCUGGAGUCUGUGUACAUUGAGGAGACACGGCGAUUGGUGGACACGGAGGAUGAGCUCAGUGACAUCCAGUCAGACUCUGUGCCGUCAGAGGUUCGUGAUUGGCUGGCCUCCACCUUCACGCGUCAGAUGGGUCUGAUGCUGCGCCGGACCGAAGAGAAACCACGCUUCCGCAGCAUCGUACACGCAGUGCAGGCUGGGAUAUUUGUUGAGAGGAUGUACCGCCGGACGUCCAACAUGGUGGGAUUAAGCUAUCCGCCCAGCGUGAUCACGGUGCUCAAGCACGUGGACAUGUGGUCUUUUGACGUGUUUGCCCUGAAUGACGCGAGUGGGGACCACGCGUUGAAAUUCAUAUUCUACGAGCUGCUCACAAGAUAUGACCUCAUCAAUCGCUUCAAGAUCCCUAUCUCUGCCCUGGUGUCCUUUGUGGAAGCCUUGGAGGUGGGCUACAGCAAACAUAAGAAUCCCUACCAUAACUUGAUGCAUGCUGCAGACGUCACGCAGACAGUACACUAUCUAUUAUUGAAGACAGGCAUGGUGAACUGGCUGACUGAGCUGGAGAUCUUUGCCAUGAUCUUUGCUGCUGCGGUCCAUGAUUACGAACACACAGGGACCACUAACAACUUCCAUAUCCAGACCAGGUCAGGCACAGCCAUCUUGUAUAAUGACCGUGCAGUUCUGGAGAACCACCAUGUGAGUGCUGCCUACCGCCUCCUACAGGACGAUGACGAGAUGAACAUCCUCCUCAACCUGUCCAAAGACGACUGGAGAGAGCUACGGGCGCUGGUGGUAGAAAUGGUCCUGGCCACGGACAUGUCCUGUCACUUCCAACAGAUCAAGGCCAUGAAGAACUUCCUCCAGCAGCCAGAGGCGAUUCUCAAGCCCAAGGCCUUAUCACUGAUUUUGCACACAGCUGACAUCAGCCACCCGGCCAAGAACUGGGAUCUGCACCACAGGUGGACCACAUCACUCCUGGAAGAGUUUUUCAGACAGGGGGAUAAAGAAGCAGAGCUGGGCCUGCCAUUCUCUCCUCUGUGUGACCGAAAGUCAACCAUGGUGGCCCAGUCUCAAAUUGGAUUUAUUGAUUUCAUCGUGGAGCCCACAUUCACAGUCCUCUCAGACAUGACAGAGAAGAUUGUGACGCCACUGAUCGACGAGGCGUCUCGUUCCGGCCUGGCUGGGUUCAGACGCUCCAGUUGCUGUACUGAGAGGAGAGCUGGCAAUCUAAACAGUAUUCCAGUGGGGGAUGGGAAGCGGUCCAGUGUGAUCAGUACAGGCUCAGAGGGCAGCGGAACACUCAACUGUUCCCCGGGAACCAUCGACUAUAAGGGCUUCAAGGCCACCUGGAACGAAGAGGUGCACCAGAACAGAGAGAAAUGGAAGACCCAGGCUGCUAAAGAUCUGGAGGAGAAAACCAAAAGGGAAGCAGAGGAGAAGGCUUCGCAGGAGGAGACAGAGCCUGGAACGACAGAAGAGAAGGAAGAAAAGAAAGAGGGAGAUGAGGAAGGUACACAAGCAGAGGGAGAGGAAAAGGAAGUGGUGGAGGAAGUGCCCAAAGAGGAGGAAGGGAAUAAGGACCCAGGGGGGGCCGUCGGGACCACAACAACAUCAGGACCGGGACCGGGGCUGAAUCACUUGGACCCCAAGGAGCCUGAAACCAGCAGCACCAGCACAGAGAAAAACCAGCAAGUGCAAAACGACUUGUCAGGCUCGGAGGGCUAUGACCUGAUUCGCUACUACAAGAGACCCAGCUACUGUGCCAACUCUCACCUGGCACUACCCUCCAGAGAGAAAGAGAGGGAGAGAACCGAGGGCAGGCCCAUCGACCCCAGGAGCAGAGUCAGGAAGCUUCAAAGCAUCUCCCUGCGCUGGAGUAAGUGACAUCACAAGAAGUGACCUCACAGGAAGAGACCUCACAGGAAGCGACCUCACAGGGAAAUGACAUCUGUAGACGUUGCAACCCACGUUGUUCUCACUUAAACUUAUACUGGUGACAAGGCAAAGCUGUACGUAGACAACAGAUUAUUCAAUUAGGAUUUUAUAUAUAGUAGUUAAAGAGGAAGUGACAGUGUUUUAGACCCAUUCAAUCUUGUUAAAAUAUGUUUAUCUACACCCCCCCUGGAAGACGUUUUCAUGUUUGGGAAUGACGUUGAGUCAGGUAUUUGUGAAAAUUUGGGCAAUUAAUAGACUCCCCUGUAAAUAAAAAAUAAUAAAAAAAUGUCAAUCUUGUCCAGGCCCAGACUCUACACAGACCUGUGAACCAUAACCAAUCUGAGCUACAGUCGGCCUAUAUGCAAAUAAACCAUUGCCAUAUGAGGGGAUUCGGUUAAUGCCACGGGCAUGCCCCGCCCCCCUGGGUGAACCUGGUUAGCAUUGAUUGCAAUCUAUUUGGAACCGGGCUGCCUCCCGGGCAUGAGCCAUGUGAAAACAAAAGUGACAUAGGUUAACUAGAGUCGUGGCCCGCACAAAAAUCGAAUUAGCAUAAUAAAACAAUCCCCGUCGCAAUCUGUUUAAGCUAGAUAAAUCAUUUUUUUUAGCAUGGGCGCGGCUCAAUCCACCACAUCCACUGAUGUUGGCCUUCCGCUACUGCGGUGGAGGGUGGCAGAGCUACAGUAGUGUUUAUCAGACCAGGAGACAUCCCGGAAAUCUGUCUGAAACAUCUGCAGAGUACAAACGGUUUAGGCUAGAAACGAAUGUACACCACUAUGGAAAGCUGAGACACUCACGAAAAAUGAUGGUGCCCACUGGGCAAAAACUUGCUGAAUCAACGUUGUUUCCAUGUUAUUUCAGCAACAAAAAUGCAAUGUGUUGUCGUUGAAUCAAUGUGGAAGACUGAUUGGAUUUGAAAAAAAGUUAAUCAACAUAAGGAAAUUAUGGCUUUUUUUCACCCAACUUUGAACCUAAAUCCAACGACAUGGUGAAAUUCUUUGUGGAUUUCACAUUGAAUUAAGGUUAUUUGUAAAUCAAAACUAGACCUGUGUUCUCUGUUUUGCUCUAAGACCCACACAAGCUUCACGGGACUUGUCUGAAGUUGGUACCACAAUGUGCCAACUUCUGUCUGUAGUGUCCGAACUGUUUGGGCUACCCCACCAUUGAAAGCUAAGACUAUCGCAAACACGUACAAGCCUCACAAGACACGACUUGUGUUCAGAGCCAAAAAAAUGAAUGGAAGUCAAUAGGGCAUUUCCACAUUAAAAAAAUGAAUCCUGAGCUUUCUUAUAUCUCUCAGAUAUAAGACAGACACUUCAAAACAUAUUUUCUUUUCAUUUAACUGUCAAUGCGUCUCUAUGGGCUAAUAGCAAUAAGGACCAGGGUUGCUACAAAACAUGUGGUGAGCUGGCAUUUGCCCCAGCACUUUUCAUUUAAUUUAAUAUUGACAAAAUAGGCACAAAGUGCUGUUUUUUUUAAAUAUUUUUUUUACAUAUUUUUGCUUCAUGGUUUGUCUACUCAUGCACAAUUUGUCCUUCACAUCGGAGUGCUGCGUGCCUGUCUAGACCAAUCAGAUUCAAGAAAAUUGCAAGGUCGCGCGGGCCAGGCACAAUGCACAAAGCUUAAGGCGCUCUCCACUUUCCUCCGGUAUUCAUUUAGCAAAGGGGAUAAAGCAUCACUCCAGUCAGACACAAGCAAAAACUCUUUACAAAAAUGUUGUAGCUGCCUACACCUAAACAUUAGCGAUCUGACAUGCUGUGUUGCAUGCAUGCUGUGUUGCAGUCUGAUCAAAUGUAGGCUACUAACAACACCAACUGCAUACCGUCUACUAUGCCUUGUCCCUCUGACCAGGGUAAACUAUGUGGGAAUAUUUUCUAUUUAUGGCUAAUUUGUUUGUGUUACAAAGAAAUGUUAAUGAGAUCAAAUUUGGUAAAUAUUCAAACUUGGGCUGACU